CGAAUUUACCGGGUGGAUGGCAUAGGGAACAAAGUGAUUACAGAAUUGGGUAGCCCUGCUAGAAAUAGAUGUAUCAAUAUAAUUAGAAAUAGAUGAAGAGGGAUCCAGGGCUUAAGGAGGUGCAAGUUAACUUUCUUUUAACUUUCCAGCUUUAAGACAGAUGGACUUCAAUUCCCAGAACUCCCCUGCUGACCAAGAAAUUCUGGGAGUUGAAAUCCACACAUCUUAAAAGUCACCAUGUUAGUGGUGACUUAGAUGUAUUGUUGUUUAGGAGCAAAUCCCUUUCUUCCAUCCUUAAAGCAUGGAGAAGCGGGAUAAAGAUCUACUGAUAGGAGACCCAGGCCAUCCUGUUUCUCUCUCACGCCUUGCACUGCUCAGUUCCUUUACAUUAAAGCUUUCUUGUCAACUGUACAAAUGAGAUUGGAAAACUACAGUCAAAACUUGGCAUUCCUGGAAUUUCCUGAUGCACUUUACUUUUAGAGGUUUGGACCACGCCCAAGUGACUUGGAACUGAGGAGGUCUGAAAACAAGUGAUUGAUGUCCCUUUCUGAACGCAACUAAUACAGAGAAGUGCAUUCUCAAGAGUUAUUUAUACAGGUGCAGCAAUGGAUCUUGUCCUGGAUUAUGCAGACAGUUCUAUUUUCACACCGUAUGUUUAUCCAGCAACCUGGCCAGAAGACAAUAUUUUCCGGCAGAUUAUCAGUCUCUUUGUUAUAACAAACCUGGGGGCAUUUGUCCUAUAUUUUCUGUUUGCCAUUCUCAGCUACUAUCUGCUUUUUGAUCACAAGUUAAAGAAGCACCCCCAGUUUUUAGAGAAUCAAGUGCAACGAGAGAUAAAGCACACCGUCUCAUCUUUGCCUUUGAUCAGCAUCCCCACUGUGGCCAUUUUCUUUGCCGAGGUCAGAGGCUACAGCAAACUCUACAGCAACAUUGAGGAUUCUCCCUAUGGAUGGUUUGGCGUGGUCUUCAGCAUGUUUUCAUUUCUCUUCUUCACUGAUAUGUGUAUUUACUGGAUCCAUCGGAUUCUCCACCACAAGCUCUUAUAUAAGCAUUUCCACAAGCCUCAUCACAUGUGGAAGAUCACAACUCCGUUUGCCAGCCAUGCUUUUCACCCCCUGGAUGGUUUCCUUCAGAGUAUCCCUUAUCAUAUCUACCCAUUCCUUUUUCCUCUUCACAAAGUGACCUAUUUGGGCCUCUAUGUCUUCGUCAACAUCUGGUCGAUCUCCAUUCACGAUGGAAACUAUCGCGUUCCCCAUCUGCUGCAACCCAUCAUCAACGGAUCUGCCCAUCACACGGACCACCACUUGUACUUUGAAUACAAUUACGGCCAAUACUUCACCCUCUGGGAUAGAAUUGGGGGCUCCUACAAAAACCCCUCUUCUUUUGAAGGCCAGGGCCCCCACGCGUAUUUGAGAAAGCUGGCAAAUGGCCACGAGGAUAAGGAACUACCAGGAGGCCAUGGAGCGAAAAAUAAAUAGCAAUAUCCCUCCCAACUGAAGGAUGAGGAACCUCUAUGCCUUAUGAACUGCAUAACCGGAAGUCAAUCCCUUCUCCAUCCAUUAGCUUUCAAAAUGGAAAUAUUUGGCACCCAACAUUCCAGGGUGAGAAGACAGAAUAUGUGGGUUCACAGCAGAGCAGUCUCUUGGAUGUUGAGCAGGAGAAAGCAUCCAUGAAUUUCCCUGUUGCCGUUAGAACGAAUUAGGAAGCGGUCAGUGCUGCUCUGAAGUCCAUCCUCAGCAGAUGUUCAAAGGCAGCUUUCAGCAACACCUUGUACGUUGUUGCUGUGCAGUCAGUUAUGAAUGCCUGCUGUUCCACCAGUAUAUUAACAAGUGUUUGGGUUUGGUGUGAAGGAAUGGAUUCCUUAAUUGUUUCCAUUGUGUAAUUACCCUCCUAAAAUGCAUAUUGCAGCGCACUUUAGUCUUAACAGGCGAAUUGGUUGGGGGAAUUUCUGAAGUCCUUAGAAUAACAGAGUUGGAAGGGACCUUGGAGAUCAUCUAGUCCAACCCCCUGUUUAGGCAGGAAACCCUAUACCACCUCAGACAAAUGGUUAUCCAGGACACCUUCACAUCAAUUACAAAAUGAUGUGAUGUAUAUCGAAGUAUCAACAUCCAGACUAUGCCAAAUUGCAACAGAACAUGCAAAGUGCAGUCAAGGUUUAGACCAGGUUUUCUCAACCUUGUCAAAUUUAAGACAUGUGGAUUUUAACUCCCAGAAUUGCCCGGCCAGCGUACUGUUGACAAGAUUGAGAAAUAGUGGUCUAGAAUAUCAAGGUUUCCUUGAACACAGGUUGAAUGAUCUCUAAGAUAAGAAGAGCUGUCAUGCCAAGCAUGAUAAAUAAAAUAAAAGAUGUUAUCUGAAGCAAGGCAGGAAUAAAACACAGGAAUCUAGCUUAUUACUCUUUCAAAGUCCCUGUUUUACAAAGGAAUCUCUUGUGUUUAUGUGUGUUUCUAAUUCAUUUUGUAACCAGCAAAUUUCAAACUUCUAUGGUGAAGUGUUUGGCAACAGGAAAAGGUUUUAAUUUUAAUCAGACCAGGGGCAUCCAACUUGCAAGCUCUAAGACCUGUGGACUUCAACUCCCAGAAUCCCCCUUGCCGGCUGCCAAGGUUGGACACCUCUGCUUGUAGACUAAGAUUACCUUUGUGGAGGUAGAUACCUUUUGGAAUCUUUCGUUAUUUUAGAGAUGCACUUUAUAUGUGUUAUUGCUUUCCUCACAAGGUUCCAUCUGCCAUUAAAAAUAUCAGUUGGAUGCACUAAAUAGCCCUGCUGGCUAGUCAUUAUGGGAGAUGGAGUCCAGAUGGGAGAAGGGUAUUAUAAAUCAUUGCUUUGGUUUUUCUGCUCUUUAGCAUGUAUUACUUCAAACACUAAAAUUAUUUCCUCCAACAAAUAAGAGUAAAUAUUAUUGCUUUGAUAAAAAUAAAUGCAAAUAAUUCAGGAGAUAAUGUGAAAAAAAUGUUCUGAUAGGAUUUUUUUUACUGUAUGUAGGAUAUCCUAUCAUUUCUUAACCCCCCC